GAGGUGAUGUCUGCCUCCCGGAAGGAGAAGUCUAGGUCAGUGGAGGAGAGCUCCAGCGCCAGCAGCGGCUCCCCCAGCCCCGGAGACACCCUGCCCUGGAACCUGGCCAAGCACCAACGGACCAAGAGGACCAAGGCGGCCUCCGGCAACGGCACCGUGCUGGACCCUGCCGAGAGGGCUGUCAUCCGCAUUGCCGACGAACGAGAUCGGGUCCAGAAGAAAACUUUCACCAAAUGGGUCAACAAACACCUCAUCAAGCACUGGCGGGCAGAGGCCCAGCGCCAUGUGAACGACCUCUACGAAGACCUCCGCGAUGGACACAACCUGAUUUCUCUCCUGGAGGUGCUCUCAGGAGACACGCUGCCCAGGGAGCGCGACGUGAUCCGGAACUUGCGGCUGCCUCGGGAGAAGGGCCGGAUGCGGUUCCACAAACUGCAGAAUGUGCAAAUUGCCCUGGACUACCUGAAGCACCGGCAGGUGAAGCUGGUUAACAUCCGGAACGAUGACAUCGCGGACGGGAACCCCAAGCUGACGCUGGGCCUCAUCUGGACCAUCAUCCUCCACUUCCAGAUCUCCGACAUCCAGGUGAGCGGCCAGUCGGAGGACAUGACGGCCAAGGAGAAGCUGCUGCUGUGGUCUCAGCGCAUGGUGGAGGGGUACCAGGGCCUGCGCUGCGACAACUUCACCACCAGCUGGCGCGACGGGCGCCUCUUCAACGCCAUCAUCCACCGGCACAAGCCAAUGUUGAUCGAUAUGAACAAGGUCUAUCGGCAGGCCAAUGUGGAGAACCUGGAGCAGGCCUUCUCAGUGGCAGAGCACGAGUUGGGGGUGACCCGGCUGCUGGACCCUGAAGAUGUUGACGUGCCUCAGCCCGAUGAGAAGUCCAUCAUCACAUACGUCUCCUCACUCUACGACGCCAUGCCUCGCGUGCCGGACGUACAGGAUGGAGUCAAGGCCAACGAGUUGCAGCUGCGCUGGCAGGAGUACUCGGAGGUGGUGACGCUGCUCCUGCACUGGAUCCGGCACCACACGGUGGUCUUUGAGGAGCGGAAGUUCCCCGCCAGCUAUGAGGAGAUUGAGGUCCUGUGGCGCCAGUUCCUGAAGUUCAAGGAGACGGAGCUGCCGGCCAAGGAGUCCGACAAGAACCGCUCCAAGGCCAUCUAUCAGUCCCUGGAGCCUGCCGUGCAGUCUGGGCAGGUGAAGGUGCCCGCCGGCUACCACCCCCUGGAUGUGGAGAAGGAGUGGGGCAAGCUGCAUGUGGCCAUUCUGGAACGAGAGAAGCUGCUGCGCUCCGAGUUCGAAAGGCUGGAGAGGCUGCAGCGCAUCGUCAGCAAGCUCCAGAUGGAGUCCGGGCUCUGCGAAGAGCAGCUCAACCAGGCCGACACCCUCCUGCAGUCGGACAUCCGGCUGCUGAACGCGGGCAGGGCCCCGCAGAAGUCGGGCGAGGUGGAGCGAGACCUGGACAAGGCCGAUGCCAUGAUCCGCCUGCUCUUCAAUGACGUGCAGGCCCUCAAGGACGGGCGCCACCCGCAGGGCGAGCAGAUGUAUCGCAGGGUCUACCGCCUGCAUGAGCGCCUGGUGGCUAUCCGCACGGAAUACAACCUCCGCCUGAAGUCGGGCGCCGCGCCCAUCACCCCGGUCACUGUGCCUGCCACGCAGCGGCCCUGGCAGGAGCUGGAGGACGUCACGCUGCGUUACCUGCAGGACUUGCUGGCCUGGGUGGAAGAGAACCAGCGGCGCAUCAGCGGGGCCGAGUGGGGCAUUGACCUGCCCACUGUGGAGUCGCAGCUGGGCAGCCACCGGGGCCUGCAGCAGUCCAUCGAGGAGUUCCACGCCAAGAUCGAGAGGGCCCGUGCAGACGAGGCCCAGCUCUCACCUGGCCCUCGUGGGGCCUACCGGGAUUGCCUGGCCAAGCUGGACGGACAGUAUGCCAAGCUGCUGAACUCCUCCAAGGCCCGGCUGCGGCACCUGGAGAGCCUGUACGCGUUCGUGGCGGCUGCCACCAAGGAGCUGAUGUGGCUGAACGAGAAGGAGGAGGAGGAGGUCAACUACGACUGGAGCGAGCGCAACAGCAACAUGGCGGCCAAAAAGGAGAGCUACUCGGGGCUGAUGCGAGAGCUGGAGCAGCGGGAGCGGAAGGUCAAGGAGAUCCAGAACACGGGAGACCGGCUGCUGCGAGAAGGGCACCCGGGCAAACCCACGGUGGAGGCGUUCCAGGCCGCCCUGCAGACCCAGUGGAGCUGGAUGCUGCAGCUGUGUUGUUGCAUUGAGGCACACCUGAAGGAGAACACAAACUACUUCCAGUUCUUUGCCGAUGUGAAGGAAGCGGAGGAGUUCCUGCGCAAGACCCAGGAGACCAUGCGGAAGAAGUUUGCCUGUGACCGCUCCGUUACAGUGACGCGCCUGGAGGACCUGCUGCAGGACUCCCUGGAGGAGAAGGAGCACCUGGCCGAGUACCAGGCGCAGCUGGCGGGGCUUGCCAAGCGGGCCAAGGCGGUGGUCCAGCUGAAGCCGCGGAGCCCCACCACCCCCCUCAAGGGCCGCCUGCCUCUCCAGGCCGUCUGCGACUACAAGCAAGUGGAGAUCACCGUGCACAAGGGGGACUCCGGCACCCUCCUGAGCAACGCCCAGCCCUACAAGUGGAAGGUGUUGAACGCGGCCGGAAGCGAGGCUGUGGUGCCCUCGGUGUGCUUCCUGGUGCCCCCGCCCAACAAGGAGGCCCUGGAUGCCGUUGCCAGGCUGGACGCCACUCACCAAGGCCUGCUCAGCCUCUGGCAACAGCUGCACAUCGACCUGAGGAGCCUGCUGUGCUGGCAGUGCCUCCAGCGAGACUUCCAGCAGGUCCAGUCCUGGACCCUCCUCCUCUUCCGGACGAUGUCCCCGGAGGAUUACGGGCAGACCCUCCGCAGUCUGGAGGCCCGCUACCAGGAGUUCCUGCGCCACAGCCAAGACGCCCAGAACUUCUUCCCGGAGGACCGGCUGCAGGUGCAGCGUGAAUACACCGCUUGCACCCAGAAGUACGAGCUGCUGCUGCGCAGCCUGGAGAAAGGUGAGCAGGAGGAGUCUCUGUGCAGGAACUACAUUUCCCAGCUGAAGGACAUCCGCCUGCAGCUGGAGGGCUGUGAGUCCCGCACCAUCCACAAAAUCCGCUCGCCGCUUGACAAAGACCCCGCCAAGGAGUGUGUCCAGCGCAUCAGCGACCAGCAGCAAAUCCACCUGGAGCUGGAGGGCAUCAAGAAGAGCCUGGGCAAAGUGAGCGAGAAGAUGGAGCAGGUGCUCUCCCAGCCGGAGCAGUCCACCUCGGCCCCCACCCUGCGCUCGGAGCUGGACAUCACCUUGCAGAAGAUGGAGCAGGUGUACAGCCUCUCUGGCGUCUAUCUGGAGAAGCUGAAGACCAUCAACCUGGUGAUCCGCAGCACGCAGGGCGCAGAGGAGCUGGUCCGCAAGUAUGAGGAGCAGCUGAAGGAAGUGCAGGCGGUGCCCGCUGACCUGAAGGCCCUGGAGGAGACCAAGGCGGAGCUGAAGAGGCUGCGCAGGCAGGUGGAAGGGCACCAGCCCCUUUUCGACACCCUGGAGGCUGACCUGGGCAAGGCCAGCGAGGUGAACGAGCGGAUGGUGCGGGGGCACAGCGAGAGAGAUGUGGACCUGGACCGCUACCGAGAGCGGGUGCAGCAGCUGCUGGAGCGCUGGCAGGCCGUCUUGGCCCAGAUCGACCUGCGCCAACGGGAGCUGGACCAGCUGGGCCGCCAGCUGCGCUACUACCGCGAGAGCUACAGCUGGCUCAUCCAGUGGCUCCAGGAUGCCAGGCAGCGCCAGGAGAGCAUCCAGGCCGUGCCCAUCACUGACAGCAGGGCCGUGCGGGAGCAGCUGCUGCAAGAGAAGAAACUCCUGGAGGAGUGUGAUCAGAACCGGGAGAAGGUGGAGGAGUGCCAGCACUUUGCCAAGCAGUACAUUGAUGCUAUCAAGGACUAUGAACUUCAGUUGGUGACGUACAAGGCCCAGGUGGAGCCUGUGGUUUCCCCAGCCAAGAAGCCAAAAUUUCAGUCUUCAUCUGACAGCAUCAUCCAGGAGUAUGUGGACCUACGGACUCGAUACAGUGAGCUGACCACCCUGACCAGCCAGUACAUCAAGUUCAUCACCGAGACCGUGCGGCGGCUGGAGGAAGAAGAGAAAGCCGCGGAGAAGCUGAAGGAGGAGGAGCGGAGGCGGCUGGCCGAGGUGGAGGCCCAGCUGGAGAAGCAGAAGCAGUUGGCGGAGGCCCACGCCCGAGCCAAGGCCCAGGCCGAGCAGGAGGCGCUGGAGCUGCAGCAGCGCAUGCAGGAGGAGGUCAGCAAGCGGCAGCUGGUGGCUGUGGACGCCGCGCAGCAGAAGCAGAACAUCCAGCAGGAGCUGAGCCAGAUGAAGCUCAGCUCGGACCUGCAGAUCCAGUCCAAGCUGAAGCUGAUCGAGGAGGCCGAGCUGAGCCGCAGGAGAGUGGAGGAGGAGAUCCGGGUGAUCCGCUUGCAGCUGACCACCACCGAGAAGCAGAAGUCGAGUGCCGAGGAGGAGCUGCAGGCUCUGCGGGCCCGAGCAGAGGAGGCCGAGCGCCAGAAGCGGCUGGCGCAGGAGGAGGCCGAGCGCUUGCGCAAGCAGGUCGCAGAGGAGGCCCAGAAGAAGAAGGAGGCCGAGGAGGAGCUGAAGCGCAAGGUGCAAGCCCAGCAGCAGGCGGCGCGGGAGAAGCAGGCGGCCCUGGAGGACCUGCAGGCCUUGCGCUUGCAGGCCGAGGAGGCGGAGCGCAGGAUGAAGCAGGCCGAGCUGGAGAAAGAGCGGCAGGUCCAGGUGGCCCAGGAGGUGGCGCUGAAGAGCGCUGAGGCGGACCUGCAGAGCCGGCGCCUGUCCUUUGCUGAGAAGACGGCCCAGCUGGAGUUAUCGCUCAAGCAGGAGCACAUCACCGUCACCCACCUGCAGGAGGAGGCCGAGCGCCUGCGCAAGCAGCAGGGGGACGCCACGCAGGCCCGGGACGAAGCGGAGAAGGAGGUGGAGAAGUGGCGCCAGAAGGCCAACGAGGCCCUGCGGCUGCGGCUGCAGGCAGAGGAGGUGGCCCACAAGAAGGCCCUGGCCCAGGAGGAGGCGGAGAAGCAGAAGGAGGACGCCGAGCGGGAGGCCCGGAAGCGGGCCAAGGCCGAGGAGUCUGCCCUGCGGCAGAAGGAGAUGGCCGAGGAGGAGCUGCAGAAGCAGCGGCAGCUGGCCGAGGGCACCGCCCAGCAGAAGCUGCAGGCCGAGCAGGAGCUGAUCCGCCUGAAGGCAGAGAUGGAGAACGGGGAGCAGCAGCGCCUUCUGCUGGAGGAGGAGCUCUUGCGCCUCAAGGCGGAAGUGAGCGAGGCCAUCCACAAGCGGAAGGAGCUGGAGGAGGAGCUGGCCAAACUGCGGGCCGAGAUGGAGCUGCUGCUGCGCAGUAAGGCCAAGGCCGAGGAGGAGUCGCGCUCCACCAGCGAGAAGUCCAAGCAGAUCCUGGAGAGCGAGGCCAGCAAGCUGCGGGAGCUGGCAGAAGAGGCAGCCCGGCUGCGGGCCCUCUCCGAGGAAGCCAAGCGGCAGCGGCAGCUGGCAGAGGAGGAAGUGGCCCGGCAGCGGGCGGAGGCCGAGCGGAUCCUCAAGGAGAAGCUGGCCGCCAUCAACGAGGCCUCGCGCCUGAAUGCCGAAGCCGAAAUUGCCCUGAAGGAGAAGGAGGCCGAGAAUGAGCGGCUGCGGCGGCUGGCGGAGGACGAGGCCUACCAGCGCCGGCUGCUGGAGGAGCAGGCCGCCCAGCACAAGCGCGACAUUGAGGAGAGGAUCGCGCAGCUGAAGCAGUCCUCCGCCAGCGAGCUGGAGAGGCAGAAGAGCCUGGUGGACGACACGCUGAAGCAGCGGCGCAUCAUCGAAGAGGAGAUCCGCGUCCUCAAGCUCCACUUUGAGAGGGCUUCUGUGGGGAAGGCCGAGCUGGAGCAGGAGCUGGGCAAGAUCAAGCAGAGUGCGGAGGCAGCCGAGCAGAGCAAGGAGCAGGCGGAGCGCGAGGCGGAGAAGCUGCGGCAGGCGGCCUUGGAGGAGGAGCACCGCCGCAGGGAGGCGGAAGAGAAGGUCCAGAAGAUCCUGGCUGCUGAGGAGGAGGCUGGCCGGCAGCGCAGAGCAGCCCUGGAGGAGGUGGAGCGCCUGAAGGCCAGGGUGGAGGAAGCCAAGAAGCAGAAGGAGCUGGCCGAGCGGGAGUCGGAGAGGCAGAUCCAGCUGGCUCAGGAGGCUGCCCAGAAGAGGAUCGUGGCAGAAGAGAAGGCCCACCUGGUGGCCGUGCAGCAGAAGGAGCAGGAGAUGCUGCAGACCAGGCAGCAGGAGCAGAGCCUCCUGGACAAGCUGAAGAAGGAAGCCACCCGGGCCAAGAAGGCUGCCGAGGAGGCGGAGUUUGCCCGAGUCAAGGCCGAGCAGGAGGCGAUUCUGUCCCGGCAGCUGGUGGAGGAGGCCGAGCGCCUGAAGCAGCGAGCGGAGGAGGAGGCGCAGGCCCAAGCCAGGGCUCAAGGGGAGGCCGAAAAGCUCCGGAAAGAGGCUGAGCUGGAGGCAGCCAAGCGGGCCCAAGCAGAGCAGGCUGCCCUGCGGCAGAAGCAGCUGGCCGAUGCGGAGAUGGAGAAGCACAAGAAGUUUGCUGAGCAGACUCUGCGGCAGAAGGCCCAGGUGGAGCAAGAGCUGGCCAAGGUGCGGCUGCAGCAGGAGGAGACGGAGCACCAGAAGAACAUCCUGGAAGAGGAGCUGCAGCGGCUGAAGGACGAGGUGACCGAAGCCAUGAAGCAGAAGGCCCAGGCCGAGGAGGAGCUCUUCAAGGUGAAGAUCCACAUGGAGGAGCUGAUCAAGCUGAAGACCCGCAUCGAGGAGGAGAACAAGAUGCUCAUCAUGAAGGACAAGGACAACAUGCAGAAGUUCCUGGUGGAAGAGGCGGAGAAGAUGAAGCAGGUGGCGGAGGAGGCCGCUCGGCUGAGCGUGGAGGCGCAGGAGGCCGCCCGCCUGCGGCAGCUCGCAGAAGAGGACCUGGCGAAGCAGCGGGCCCUGGCCGAGAAGAUCCUGAAGGAGAAGAUGCAGGCCGUCCAGGAAGCGACACGGCUGAAGGCGGAGGCGGAGGUGCUGCAGAAGCAGAAGGACUUGGCCCAGGAGCACGCCAAGAAGCUGCAGGAAGACAAGGAGCAGAUGCUGCAGCAGUUGGCGGAGGAGACGGAAGGCUUCCAGAGGACCUUGGAGGCCGAGCGCAGGCGGCAGCUGGAGAUGAGUGCUGAUGCGGAGCGCCUGAAGCUGCAGGUGUCUGAGAUGAGCCGGGCUCAGGCGAAGGCAGAGGAAGAGGCCCGGCGGUUCAAGAAGCAGGCGGAAGAGAUCAGCCAGAAGCUGCACCGGACAGAGCUGGCCACCCAGGAGAAGAUGACGCUGGUGCAGACCCUCGAGACCCAGAGGCAUCAGAGCGACCAGGAUGCGGAGAAACUGAGGCGAGCCAUCGCAGAGCUGGAGAAGGAGAAGGAGAAGCUGAAGCGGGAGGCAGAGCUGCUGCAGCAGAAGGCGGAAGAGAUGCAGACUGCCCAGAAGGAGCAGCUCCGGCAGGAGACGCAGAUGCUGCAGCAGUCGUUUCUCUCGGAAAAGGACACCCUCCUGCAGAAGGAGAGAUUCAUCGAGGAAGAGAAAGCAAAGCUGGAGAAGCUCUUCCGGGAUGAAGUCAACAAAGCGCAGAGCCUGAAGCUGCAGCAGGACCGUCAGCAGAAGGAGAUGGAGCAGGAGCAGCAGCAGCUGAGAGGCAGCCUGGAGGAGGCCAGGAGGAGGCAAGCGGAGGCUGAGGAGAGCGUCCGCCGGAAGCAGGAGGAGCUGCAGCGGCUGGAGGAGCAGCGGCGGCAGCAGGAGAAGCGGCUGGCCGAGGAGAACCAGAAGCUGAGGGAGAAGCUGGAGCACCUGCAGGAGGAGCACCGAGCAGCCCUGGCACAAACCCGAGAGAUUAUGAUCCAGACGGACGAUCUGCCGCAGGAGGAGGCCGUGGCCCCUUCCCUCCAGGCGCCUCCACUGAAAGCCAUGCCCAAUGGGAGAGAUGCGAUAGAUGGCAUAGCUCAAAAUGGCGAGCCGGAGCUGGUCUUCGAUGGCAUCCGGCAGAAAGUCCCUGCCCAGAAGCUGGCAGAGGCUGGCAUCUUGAGCCGAGAGAGCCUGGAGAAGCUGGCCAAAGGGACAGUGACCACAGAGCAGCUGUCGCAGAGGGAUGACAUCAGGAGGUACUUGAGAGGGACAAGCAGCAUUGCUGGCCUGCUGAUCCAGCCGGCCAAUGAGAAGAUGAGCAUUUACCAGGCCUGGAAGCAGCGGCUGCUGAGCCCGGGCACUGCCCUCAUCCUGCUGGAGGCACAGGCUGCCUCUGGAUUCAUCAUAGACCCCGUGAAGAACAGGAGGAUGUCUGUCAGCGAGGCUGUGAAAGAAGGCGUGGUCGGGCCAGAGCUGCACAACAAGCUGCUGUCUGCUGAGAGGGCAGUGACUGGUUACAAAGACCCCUACACGGGGGACAAGAUCUCCCUCUUCCAGGCCAUGACGAAGGACCUCAUUGUCAGGGACCAUGGCAUUCGACUUCUGGAGGCCCAGAUUGCUACAGGGGGCAUCAUAGACCCCAUCAACAGCCACCGCCUGCCUGUGGAAGUGGCGUACAAGCGAGGCUAUUUUGAUGAGGAGAUGCAGCAGGUCCUGGCCGACCCCACGGAUGACACCAAGGGCUUCUUUGACCCCAACACCCAGGAGAAUCUGACCUACCUGCAGCUGAUGGAGAGGUGUGUGACUGAUCCGGAGACCGGGCUCUUCCUUCUGCCGCUGACGGGCAAAGCAGCCACUGGAGAGGUGGCCUACACAGACCGAGAGGCCAAAGAUGUCUUCCAGAAAGCCACAGUGUCGGCACCCUUUGGCAGAUUUAAGGGGAAGACGGUAACUAUCUGGGAAAUCAUCAACUCUGAGUAUUUCACUGAGGAGCAGAGGUGGGACCUGCUGCGCCAGUACAAGACGGGGAAGAUCACCGUGGAGAAGAUAAUCAAGCUGAUCAUCACUGUGGUCGAGGAGAGCGAGAAGAAGAGCCAGCUCUGCUUUGACGGCCUCCGGGCUCCUGUUCCAGCCGCUGAGCUGCUGGAGAGUCAAAUCAUUGACCACGCUCUUUACAACCAGCUGCAUCAGGGGAAGAAGUCUGUGAAGGAAGUAGCCGGCGUGGACUCCAUUAAGAGGUACCUGAAGGGCAGCAGUGCCAUUGCGGGCAUCCUGGUAGAAUCCACCGGGCAGAAGCUACUGCUCAGCGACGCCUUGAAGAAAAACCUCCUGAAGCCAGAGAUCGCCCUCACAUUUCUGGAGGCCCAGGCUGGUACUGGGUACAUCCUCGACCCAGUGAGGAAUGAGAAGCUCCCUGUGGACGAGGCGGUGAGAGCUGGCACUGUUGGGCCCGAGUUGCAUGAGAAGCUGCUGUCUGCAGAGAAAGCUGUGACGGGCUACAAGGACCCCUACACAGGGCAGGUGGUCUCUCUCUUCCAAGCGCUGCAGAAAGGCCUCAUCCCGAAGAGCAGCGGGAUCCGCCUGCUGGAUGCUCAGCUUGCCACUGGUGGCAUAAUCGACCCUGUGCACAGCCACCGCCUCCCUCUGGAGACUGCCUACAAGCGGGGCUAUUUCAGUGAAGAGAUGCACAAGGCUUUGUCUGCUCCGGCCGACGAGGCUAAGCUGUACUAUGACCCUAACAGCCAGGAACACGUCACCUAUGCGCAGCUGCUGGCGAAGUGCCGCGUGGACAAGCAGACAGGCCUUCACCUGCUCCCUCUCUCAGACCAGGCCAUUCACCUGCAGCAGGAAGAAAUCUACUCCGACCGUCAGACCAAGGAGUCCUUUGACAAGACAACAGUUGAAGUUCCUGCUGGCAGCUUGAAGGGCAGGACAGUAACGAUCUGGGAACUGAUUCACUCGGAAUAUUUCACCGAAGAGCAAAGGAGGGAGCUGAUCCGACAGUACAAAUCGGGCAAGGUCACCAUUGAGCGGGUCAUCAAAAUCGUCAUCACCAUCAUUGAAGAGACGGAAGCCAAGAAGCAAGAGCAGUUGACCUUCAGUGGCUUGCGAGCUCCUGUGCCAGCGAACGAACUGCUAGAAUCCAGGAUCCUUAGCAAGGCCCAGUACGAGCAGCUGAAGGAAGGGCACAAGUCUGUGAAAGACCUCUCUGGCACGGAGGCCGUCAGGAGGUUCCUGCAAGGGAGCGACUGCGUUGCUGGCGUCUAUGUGGAAGGGACCAAGGAGAAGCUGAGCAUCUAUGAGGCCAUGAGGAGAAGUCUGCUCUUGCCCAGCACAGCAGCUGUUCUCUUGGAGGCCCAGGCAGCCACCGGGUUCCUGGUUGAUCCAGUCAGGAACCAGAAGAUGUAUGUGAACGAGGCCGUGAAGGCUGGCCUUGUGGGCCCGGAGCUGCACGAGAAGCUGCUUUCUGCAGAAAAGGCCGUCACGGGGUACAAAGACCCUUACUCCGGGAACACCAUUUCACUCUUCGAAGCCAUGAAGAAGGGGCUGAUCCUGAGGGAGCAUGCCAUCCGCCUCUUGGAGGCCCAGCUGGCCACGGGGGGCAUCAUCGACCCUGUGCACAGCCACCGCCUCCCCGUGGAGGUGGCGUACAAGCGGGGCUACUUCGAUGAAGACAUGAACCGAACCCUCUCAGACCCUACGGAUGACACCAAGGGCUUUUUUGACCCCAACACUAAGGAGAAUCUAACCUACUUGCAGCUGAAGGAGAGGUGCAUUGAAGAUCCUGAGACCGGCCUCUACCUCCUGACCCUGAAGCAACCGGAGAGACCUGCCGUGGUGGAGACAACCCAAGUGUACACGGAGGCAGAGACCAAGAAAGUAUUUGAGGACACACAGAUUGACAUUCCAGCGGGUGACAUGGCAGGCUCUUCCAUGUCCCUGUGGGACAUCAUGCACUCCAGCCUCAUCCCCGAGGAGCAGCGCAAGCGGUUGAUGGAGGAGUUCCGCUCAGGCCAGGUGACCAAGGAGCGCAUGAUCAUUAUCAUCAUUGAAAUCAUAGAGAAAACGGAGAUCAUCCGGCAGCAAGACCUCGUGUCCUACGACUACGUCCGGCGCCGCAUCACUGCUGAAGACCUGUACGAGGCCAGGAUCAUCUCCCUGGAGACAUACAAUGCACUGAAGCAAGGCUCCAAGACCAUCCGUGAGAUUCUAGAGACAGAAACUAUCUGGAAGUAUCUCUAUGGCACUGGCUGCGUCGCUGGUAUCUACAUCCCAUCCAGCAAGCAGAAGGUCGGCGUCUACCAGGCUCUGAAAAGGGGGCUGAUCAGUCCAGAGGUGGCACGGCCCUUGCUGGAAGCCCAGGCUGCCACUGGCUUCAUUGUCGACCCCAUGAAAAAUGAGAUGUUAACCGUAGACGAGGCUGUCCGGAAAGGGGUGGUGGGCCCAGAGAUGCACGACCGACUCCUGUCUGCUGAAAGGGCUGUGACUGGCUAUCGUGACCCUUACAGUGAGCAGAAAAUCUCUCUUUUCCAGGCCAUGAAGAAAGACCUCAUCCCUUCAGAAGAAGCCCUCCGGCUGCUGGAUGCCCAGUUGGCCACGGGGGGCAUAGUUGACCCUCACCUGGGCUUCCACCUGCCCUUGGAAAUUGCCUAUCAGCGUGGCUACUUCAAUAGAGAGACUUACGAAAGACUGACUGAGCCCAGCGAGAUCCGCAGCUACGUGGACCCUUCCACCGAUGAAAAGCUCAACUAUGCACAGAUCCUCAAACGAUGCAGGAAGGAUGAGAGCACCGGCUGCCUGCUGCUGCCGCUCUCUGACACGCGGAAGCUGACUUUCAGAGGCCUGCGGAAGCAGAUCUCUGUGGAAGAGCUGGUGCGGUCCAAGGUCAUGGAUGAAGCCACUGCACAGCGCCUCCAGGAGGGCUUAACCUCUGUGGAGGAAGUCUCUAAGAACCUGCAGAAGUUCCUGGAGGGCACAAGCUGCAUUGCUGGAGUGUAUGUGGAUUCCACAAAGGAGAGGCUGUCUGUCUACCAGGCUAUGAAAAAAGGCAUCAUCCGUCCUGGCACAGCUUUUGAGCUGCUGGAAGCUCAGGCAGCCACCGGGUAUGUCAUUGAUCCCAUCAAGGGCCUCAAACUGACGGUGGAGGAGUCCGUGCGCAUGGGGAUUGUGGGCCCAGAGUUCAAGGACAAGCUGCUGUCUGCAGAGAGGGCAGUGACGGGCUACAAGGACCCCUACUCGGGCAAACUGAUCUCCCUGUUCCAAGCCAUGAAGAAGGGGCUCAUCCUGAAAGACCACGGGAUUCGGUUGCUGGAAGCUCAAAUUGCUACCGGAGGCAUUAUUGACCCAGAGGAGAGUCAUCGCUUGCCUGUGGAGGUGGCGUACAAGAGAGGCCUGUUUGAUGAGGAAAUGAAUGAAAUCUUGUUAGAUCCUAGUGAUGAUACCAAGGGGUUCUUUGACCCAAACACGGAGGAGAAUCUGACAUACCUGCAGCUGAUGGAAAGGUGCAUUACGGACCCAGAGACUGGGCUUUGUCUUCUGCCCUUGAAGGAGAAGAAGCGGGAGAGGAAGACUUCCUCCAAGUCCUCCGUUCGCAAACGCAGGGUGGUGAUUGUUGACCCAGAGACUGGGAAGGAGAUGUCCGUUUAUGAAGCCUACCGCAAAGGCCUCAUUGACCACCAGACCUAUCUGGAGCUCUCGGAACAGGAGUGUGAAUGGGAGGAGAUCACCAUUUCCUCAUCUGACGGGGUGGUCAAGUCUAUGAUCAUUGACCGGCGGUCGGGGCGGCAGUACGAUAUUGACGAUGCCAUUGCAAAGGGCCUGAUAGACCAGUCUGCCCUGGACCAGUAUCGCUCAGGGACCUUGUCCAUCACAGAAUUUGCAGACAUGCUGUCUGGCAACGUGAGUGGAUUCCGAUCCCGGUCGUCUUCUGUUGGCUCCUCCUCUUCUUAUCCUGUAAGCCCCGCCCAUGUCAGAGGUCAGUUGACAUCUUGGAGCGACCCUGCGGAAGAGACCGGCCCUGUGGCUGGCAUCCUGGACACCGACACCCUGGAGAAAGUGUCCAUUACGGAGGCCAUGCACCGCAACCUCGUGGACAACAUCACGGGCCAGAGGCUGCUGGAGGCGCAGGCUUGCACUGGAGGAAUCAUCGAUCCCAGCUCAGGGGAGAAGUUUGCCGUUGCUGAUGCCGUCAACAAAGGCCUGGUUGACAAGAUCAUGGUGGACAGGAUCAACCUUGCUCAGAAAGCUUUCAACGGUUUUGAGGACCCAAGAACUAAGUCCAAGAUGUCUGCAGCACAGGCCUUAAAGAAAGGGUGGCUGUACUAUGAGGCCGGCCAGCGGUUCCUGGAAGUCCAGUACCUGACGGGGGGGCUAAUCGAGCCCGAUGCAGCUGGGCGGGUGUCACUAGAUGAGGCGCUGCAGAAGGGCACCAUAGAUGCGCGCACAGCUCAGAAGCUGCGGGACGUGAACACCUACUCCAAGUACUUGACCUGCCCUAAAACCAAGCUCAAGAUCUCCUACAAGGACGCCAUGGACAGGAGCAUGAUCGAGGAAGGAAGCGGCCUGCGCUUGCUAGAGGCUUCCUCCCAGUCCAGCAAAGGCUAUUACAGCCCCUACAACGUCAGCGGCUCCGGCUCCACCUCUGGGUCUCGGUCAGGGUCACGAACUGGUUCCAGACAGGGGUCAAGGCGAGGGAGCUUUGAUGCCACGGGAUCCGGCUUCUCCAUGUCCUUCUCUUCUUCCUCCUAUUCCUCAUCCAGCUACGGGCGCAGAUAUACGUCUGGUCCAAGCAGCUGUGCCGAGGCAGCGGGCCUCGGCCACACGUCCUUCCGCAUAGAUGGGAGCUGCGAGAGGAAAGGAAGGCAGCCCGAGCUGCGGGGGCCACAGCUGUGCGUGGCGUGAAGCCCCUCCGGCCUCCCGAGGUCACAUUUAGCCUGCUCUGCAUGUGGUGAAGCUGCUGCCUAACCGGAAUAAUAUCGUUAUUGUUUGUUUUUAUAAUUUUUAAAACUCCUCUUCUUCCAAAGCAGUGCCUAAAGUUUAACCAAAAA